AUGGCCUGGAGGAACCACAGCGCCAUCACGGAGUUCAUGCUCACUGGGCUCUCUGACGACCCCCAGAUCGAGGCUCUGCUUUUCGUGCUGUUCCUGGUGAUUUAUCUCCUCACCAUGGCAGGAAACUUGAUGAUGCUGCUGGUGAUCAGGGCUGACUGCCACCUCCACACUCCCAUGUACUUCUUCUUAAGCAAUCUCUCAUUUAUAGACCUCUGCUUUUCUUCUGUCACAAUGCCCAAGCUACUGCAGGACUUCCUGUCUGAGAAGAAAGCCAUCUCAGUGGAGGGCUGCCUGACUCAGGUCUUCUUUGUGUUUUUUUCUUCUGGGACUGAAGCCUGUCUGCUCUCAGUGAUGGCCUAUGACCGCUAUGCUGCCAUCUGCCAUCCACUGCUCUACGGCCAGGUGAUGAGAAAUGAGUUGUGUGUGAGGCUCGUGUUGGUCUCGUGGGGCGUGGCCUCUCUCAAUGCAAUCAUCAUUGUGCUGUUGGCAGUUAACCUGGACUUCUGUGAGGCCCAGACCAUCCACCACUACACCUGUGAACUGCCUGCCCUUUUCCCCCUGUCUUGUUCCGACAUCUCCAUCACUGUCAACAUCCUGCUCUGCUCCAGCUUACUGCAUGGCCUUGGAACCUUUCUCCCCAUCUUCUUCUCCUACGCCCGUAUUGUCUCCGCCGUCUUGCGCAUCAGCUCCACCACAGGGAGAAGCAAGGCCUUCUCUACCUGCUCUUCUCACCUCGUUGCAGUGACCUUGUUCUUUGGGUCAGGUUUUCUUUGCUACCUCAAGCCCCCUUCUGGUUCCUCCCUGGAUCUGCUCCUGUCUUUGCAGUACAGUGCGGUCACCCCCAUGCUGAAUCCCCUCAUCUACAGUCUGAAGAACAAGGAGGUGAAGGCAGCAGUGAAUAGGACACUGAGGAAGUAUCUGCUUUGA